AUGAAUAACACCACAACUGCCGUUAUUAUUCAUAUUCCCAGUUUACGUGUCCUCAUUGCCAUGAUAUGUGUCGCUCUGUAUAUAUUCGGCUAUACAGGUUGUUUUCUAUCAAUCGUCACGUUCAGCUCAAAAAAACUUCGUAGUCAUUCGACCGGUUUUUUAUUUCUCAUCAUGGCAUUUGUUGAUAUCUUUAAUUUGUUCGCUAGUUUACAGUAUUUUCUCGAAGUAAUUUACCAUAUUAAUGUAUUUACAUUGUCAAUCCAUUGGUGUCGAUUCUUUACCAUCUGUAACUACGAGCUGUACUUUGGAUUCUCUUGGAUAUUCGCAUUUAUAUCAUUGGACCGUUGGAUGAAAGUCGAAUGGCCGACAAAAAGUCAAACAUUAUGUACGCGAACGCGAUUUCUCUACUUGUGUUUGAUAGGUUUACUAUUAAGUUUGAUUCAGAAUGUCGUCUACGCUUUUCUCUGUUUAAACGACAAAUGUCGACAGAAAACAUUGACUUGUGAGAUAUUUAUUCACGUUGUUUAUAUAAGUCUCUACAUGGUUAUUCCAAUUGUGAUUAUUCUUCUUUCAAUUAGUCGAACGUGUUUAAUAACACUGCAUAUAAAAAAACGUUUUCGUUCAUCGAAUCAAUCGAAUGCAUUCGCGAAGAAUCUUUGCAUAGCUUCUCAAAAUAAUCGACAUUCAACUUUUGAAAGUACAAUCACGUCGGCAAUUCAAACCAGUCGCACGUCAAGUUCGUACGUUGGUUCAUCUGCACCGAAUGGCGAAUAUUGUAAACUCAAUCCUACCCAAUGUCGUCCGUUGACUCGUAUGACAACCAUUCGUCGGCGACGUGCUGGUUUAGAUACUCAAAUGAUUAUUUUAAUAUCAAUUAAUGUCGCACCAUUUAUUCUCGUUCAUAUUAUCACGGAAAUAGCAUAUCUUUUCGAAAGUUAUUCGAGCUUCGUUGCUGGAUCUCCAGUAGCUCAGCUGUUCAUCAUUUUAAUUUAUCUUUCGUGGUAUUUGAUAUCGGCUACGCGCUUCUAUACCAAUUGUCUUUUGUCACGAAUCUAUCGUGAAGAAUUUCUUAGUCGGAUAGCAAUGCUAAGGAAUCGUUGUAAGCCGCCAAUUGUUCUAGUCGGUCAAGGGCGCUCGCCACGACAUUCAACAAGGACACAAAUUCGACGGAUUGUCAAUGGUGUCGAAAAUACGUUAAUACCAACUAUGGAUAUGAAAUCGAUCACGAUGACAUAG